AAGACUGUCACUUCUUGGGUCUGUACGUCCAUCUCAGCAGCAGAGAUGAAUGCCAAAUACGUUGUGGCACUGAUCCUCGCCCUGCAGGUCUCCAUGAGCCUGUGUGAGGUUCCCCAACCAUCAGCGGAGCUUGUUGAGAAGUAUAAUCGAUUGAGAACAACAUUCAUCAGCCGAAUAAUGAACCUUUACGAAAAGGCACAGGCAGCUGCUGCUCCUAUGGUGGAGAAUGUGGGACAAAAUGAACAGACAACAGCUAUUAGAGAAUAUGUGGAAGACCUGCAGGGAAAACCAGAGACCCAAGCUUUUGUCAAGCUGGCCACUGCCCUAGUCCAGGAGGCAUCCCCCAUGGUGGACAGGGCCCGUUCAGCACUACUGGGUCUGUAUGAACAAUAUGUGCGCCCUAACUACGGACAGACGCUGGACGAUGUAAUCACCAACAAGAUCUCGCCAUUCCUGGACCAGUACUUUCCCGCUCCACAGUGA